CUGUUUGUUGCUUUUUCCAGUCAACGUCUGGCAACAAAAUAGGGUUAAUACAUUUUCGUUUGAAACCAGGGGCUAUAUAAAGCCGCUUACAAUGCAGCAAAUUUUCGGAAUUUGGAAUUAGAGUUGCGGAGUGUAUUGGUCAGGCUAUCGAGACUUUGACCAACAUGAUUUAUUUAGCCUUCAUCUUCUUGGUGGUCGCGGUUGCCGCUCAAGAUGUACAAACUGGACGUCAAUUAAUAUCGGCAGCAUGUGGAGGGCGACCGGCAGACGUGUUCUUCGUUUUGGACUCUUCUGGAAGUAUCGAUCCAGAUGACUUCCGGAAAGAGGUUCGGUUUACCCAGGACGUGGCCUCGAUGUUUGGUACGGACAAAAUGCGCGUUGGCGUCCUCAGCUUCAGCAAAACCGUGCGGCCACAAUUUGGCUUGGGGGAAUACAUGGAUAAAGUUCGAAUGCUCGAGAAAAUCGGGGAAGUAGCGUAUGAAGGAGCGGGAACCAACACCGCAGAGGCACUGCGUUAUCUGCAUACCAAGGGCAUGACCUCGGCCACUGUCAGACCAAGUAUUCCACACAUCGCCAUCGUACUGACGGACGGCAUGUCCCAGGACAUGGGCGCCACGCUCAAAGAGGCCGCUCUCGUUCACAAGGCGGGAAUCACAGUCUUCGUCAUAGGGAUCGGUUCACAGGUGGACAAGGGCGAGUUGGAGGCAAUAGGGAGCCGCCCCUCGUCGAACAACGUCUUCAUGAUCGACAACUUCGAUGCCCUUAACCACAUCAAAGGGGCACUGGCCAUCAAAGCGUGCGAGGUUGAGGCAGCUACUCGCACACCGGAUAUUGAGCAGAUGCAAAACGAUGUGCAGGUUCAGCUUGAACGAUUUGGAAGCUGCACACCUCUAAAACAUCUAGAUCUCGUGUUCGCCGUAGACACUGCAGCAAUGGGCUCCAUAAAUGCGCGUCACGUCCUGCGCUUUAUUGUCAACGUUAGCGAGCACCUAGACAUGUCGGCGGGUGGCGUUUCCAUAGCUACAGUUGCUAACGGCUGUCCAUCUGGAACAUUCAAUGAGGCGCCUUUAUUAGAUGCAGAGGAGGUCAAGAAAGACUUUGCGUCCAUUAGCGUACCGAGCUUUGACACGUUGAUGCGCAAUAUGCGUCUGAAGGCGUCAUACGGUCGGGGCGAUUCAGAACACAUCGGAAUCAUCUUCGUCAACAGUAAUCUCGCUCCGGACGAGUUCGGCAAAUCCCGUAACGAAAUGAUGAGAGCGCGAUACCAGAAAUCGGCAAUCUUCGUUAUCGGCAUCGGCAGCUUGGUCGACAGACAUCAGUUGAAUUCGCUGGUCACAAAUGGGGGACAGUAUUUGGAAGUUCUCAGUUUUGAAACAAUUGGGGACAUUGGAAAGCAGCUUAUGUAUUCACUCUGCCUGUUUGGAGCACAGGAGUAGAGUUGCCAUUUUAUAGACACCAAAAUAAAACUUUUAUAUAUUUAACGGUCCAUAGACUAUAAUGCAUGUGUACUGUAGAUAUUUUCCUUAAUUUAGUGAAAUGAUUCACUGGUUUUGUUGUAUUCAAAAAAGCUUAUUUACUUACACUAAUUAUACUUAUCCAACCUGUGAAAAGCACCUACGAUAAAGAAAUUUCUUUCGAUAUUUUGUCGCCAUUACUUAGCAUAAAACACAAGAUUUAACUAACGACCGCUUGCGUCAUGAAAACGUCACACAUUAUGCUAUAUCCUGGAUUUUAAUAGACUACCAAUAAUCGU